GCGCCGGACCCCCAGCCGCCUGCUCCUACUUGCUGCUGUCGUCUGCAGUCUGCAGCAGUCUCUGCACUCCACCAUAGCGAGGCACUGGCAGCACCGGAACCCGCAAUGUCAGGCCCCAAUGGGGACCUGGGCAUGCCGGUGGACCCGGAUGCGGAAGGCGAGGACGACAGCUUCGGGGAAGCAGAAUACGCUGCCAUCAACUCCAUGUUGGACCAAAUCAACUCCUGCCUGGACCACCUGGAGGAAAAGAACGACCACCUCCACGCCCGCCUCCAGGAGCUGCUGGAGUCCAACCGGCAGACGCGCCUUGAGUUCCAGCAGCAGCUCAGCAAGGCCCCCAGUGAUGCUAGCUCCUAGGCUCCAGGAGACCCCAGUCAGGACCCCAACCUGCCUCCCUGGGCCAGACUGUUACCCAGGCACUUAACUUACCACUUGGCUUAGAUCCCUUUUCUAGGACCAGCCUCCAGGUCCCCCAUUGGGGCUGCCUGCCUGGGCCACCCUCUGGCACUCCAAUGGGCCUGCCUAGGCCAGCCUCCACCUCUCAGCAUUUCUUCUGGAGCCAGAUGUGGGCCUGGAACUCAUCCACCUUGUCUGUCUGCACACAGCUUGGACUCUUCCCAUUCUGCCCUCAGCUGGGCCUUAUGUGCCCAUAUUAAAUGGGUCUUCAACACCA